AUGCAGAUCUCGAGAUUUCUUGUUCGCAUCGCAUUGCUGCUGCUUCCUGUAGCUUUCAUCGGCACAACGUGGUUGUACUUGUACCCAAUCUUCCAUGGCUGCGCGUUCCCUACUCCACCGUCCACACAUCCGCAGCCCCUUGCGCCCUUUCGGCUCCUGUCACUCGGUGACCCGCAACUCGAAGGCGACUCGUCGCUGCCUGACCCCAACGCCCUCGUAUUUCCAUCUAUCGAGUUCCUUGUGACUGAUCUGCGUGACGCGGAAGAUUUUGCGGAGCGGAUCGAUAUUGCAAAAGAAGCCGCAAGGGGGGCUGUAAAAAACGCGCGGACAUGGCUAGAGGGAAAGAGAAAGGAAGUUGAUCUUUGGGGAAACGAUCGCUAUCUGGCGCAUAUUGUUAGGAGCUUGCGGUGGUGGACUCAACCGACACACAUCAGUGUGCUGGGAGACUUGCUUGGGAGCCAAUGGGUUACUGAUGGCGAGUUCAGUAAACGUGCGGGAAGAUACUGGAAUACCGUCAUGAAGGGACUGGAGAAAGUGCCAGAUGCCAUCUUUGGUGUUGAGCCUGAGUCGCCCAAGGAGGAGACAACGGAGCCAGCUGUAGAGCAGAAUGCGGAACAAGCAGAAGAAGGCAUAGGCGGAGAUUCCGAGACAGCAGAGCCGACUAUGCAGCAAACUGUGCAACAAGAAGACAAAGGCGGAGAUGAAGAGGCAGAAGCAGUACCCGAUAAGGAAGCGAAACCGGAGCGAAAAGCAUAUUGGGGUGGCACAAAAGAAGUGCUUGGCGCAGACACAGAUUGGGAGAAGCGCGUAAUCAACAUCGCAGGAAACCAUGAUGUUGGAUAUGCAGGAGAUAUCGAUCAGUCACGCAUUGACCGGUUCGAGCGAGCCUUUGGUAGCGUCAACUGGGACAUAUGGUUUACACUACCCGAUGCACUGCGCUCCAACGAGACGGCCGAUGUAUCGAGACGACACCCCGACAGACCACCAACCCUCCGCCUUGUCGUCCUGAAUUCCAUGAACCUGGACACGCCUGCUUGGUCCCCAGAUCUACAGACUGAAACGUACGACUUCUUGAAUUAUAUCAUCUCCAAUUCACUUCCCGUCAAUGACAAAACCCAUGCGACCAUCCUUCUCACGCACAUUCCUCUGGAAAAGGAAGAUGGCAUAUGCGUCGAUAGUCCAUACUUUGAUUUUUUCGAAAGCGGACACGGACUGAAAGAGCAGAAUAUGCUUUCAGAUCAUUCUAGCAGAACAGUCUUGGAAAGUCUCUUUGGCAUGAGCUGGAGGAGGUAUGUCGCUGGUUUAGGAAUGGGUAGAAGGGGCGUUAUUGUCAAUGGACAUGAUCACGCUGGUUGUGAUGUCGUACAUUACAUCAGGCAACGCGGCGUCGAGGAUACGUGUCAAUCGGAAGCGAUCAUGGAGGAAGAUGCAUACUGGCUGACCAGGCCUGCUAACGAAACCAUGAUCGCCACACCAACGGAAAUUGAUGGCUCGGAUCUCAAUAUAGUCGCUGCUAACGACACUAUCGAGCAACACGCGGUGCAUGAUAUAGACGCUGCGUCUGAAACUCCCACGGAGUCUUCUGAAUCUACAGAAACGUCUACACCAGAGACUCCAACGCCGACAUGGCGCGCCCGCCGCUUUCCGCACCGCCGUUACGAAAUCACGCCCGAUAAUGAAUGCACUGAUAUCAACGCCUCCCCUCACAUCCGCGAGAUCACACUGCGUAGUAUGAUGGGCGAGUACUCUGGUUACGCGGGUUUCCUAUCUGCCUGGUUUGACGAACAAAAGGGUGAGAGGGGUGAAUGGGUGUUUGAGUUUAGUACGUGCGGGCUUGGUGUACAACACUGGUGGUGGGGGAUUCAUAUUGUGGAUUUGGUGCUGGUCAUUACUCUGCUUGGUGCUGUUGUUGCCCGAGUGGUGGAGCAGUUGGCAGUUGUGCAGAGUAGUGAAGAGAGAAAGAAGUCUGUGGGGCUGAAUAAAAGUGACGUGAAAUCCAAUGACAAGGAGACUACUGUGUAUAGUAGUAGUACAAGCGGUAGAACGGCUUCAGUUAGUGGAGUUACGAAGCGACGGAUAUAA